UUUAUGCGCCGCUACCAGACAAUAGGUGGCAAUUCCAUAGUGUGCAAAUUAUUUCUGACACAGCGUUACCAUGCGCGCUGAAAAUAAAUCGAUAGAAAAUCACAUGCGCAUUUAGACUUCUUAAACAUUCAACGAAACUAUGUUUUCACUCUCACUAUCAUCGCUGUAGUGCUAUAAAUAAAACAAAUGUUUACCAGAACAAAGAAAUGUAACAAAAUUAUGAUUCGCUUAAAUAAUUUCUUGUAUGUAUUUAAUUUACGACAAGGCACAAUUUUGAUUGCCGUCCAUCAAAUCGCGCUAUCGUCGUUUUUGCUUAUAAUAUUAUUAGUUGGAAUAUCUCAUCUUGGAGAAAUGUUACAAUUGCUUGACAAUGAUAUGAAAGAUGACGAAGAGAGACGAGGAUUUUAUGGCGUGGGAUACGGCGACCAAGUCAUAUUCCACGAAAGUGAUGUAAUAAGUACAAAGAAUCAUGCAAGAUUUGUAAAAGCACAGCAUCUUGCAUCAGUAACCGUCGUUAUUUUGUAUACAAGUACAAUAUUAACGGCUAUUUACCUUAUGUGUUCAAUAUCUCUAUUAUACGGUGCCGUGAAAUAUAAGAGGGAAUACGUAUUACCAUGGAUAAUGGCAGCUUGCAUUGCAGUAGUAUUACUUAUUAACUUCAUCAUUGUCUUCGAUGGCUAUCCGUGCAUCAUAAAUCUAUUCGGCGGUCAUACUAUUUAUCAUUUCGGCUGCACGUUAUUCGUCCUAACAUUUAUCUACGCAAUUUGCGCAGUCAGUAGUUUUGCCCUCGAGACUGGUGGACGUUGUCAUGAAAGUAUCACCAACAACGACGAAAGAGGGGAAAGGUUGCUACUUUUGGAUCAUGCAGCUCAUUCCAGCUUACUCUCAGCGGCGCAAUUAAACAAACUUUCGCAUGGCACUAGGACACACUUUGUUUAAACCGCCUUUAAAGAGCUUUUAAAUGAAACUUCAGUUUUCGUCAAAAAUAUUUAAAAAACAAAUUAUCGUUAGUGUAGAUAUCUAGCAAUUAUUUUUUCGGUUGUGUCAUGCACAAGUAUGUCACCAGCUUUUCUGUGACUUUAUAUUAGCUGGUGUUAAAAUGUGAUCACUUAUUUUAAGAAGUGUUUUUUAAAUUAAAAAAAAUACAUAGAGUAAAAUUAUAUUUUUCGUAUAAAUACGUUCAGCUAUGUGUAAAUUAAGAAUAUGAUUUUGGUCUAAUUACUCCUCAU